ACAAGGCUCAGGCUGCGCAUGCCCUUGAGCUGUGGAAGCUCUCUAAUGCAGUCCUGAACAUACCUGCCGAGGGUGGACAGUUUGUGCUCACCUUCAGUCUUCCGAGCACAUGCCCAGCACCGCCAUCUUGGGAGAACGGUGCGGCUACACCUAUGUGGCACUCUAUGGAGACUUACCCAGUCAAACGGCUUCUGGAGAAGUGGGGGAACACCUUCUUGGUCGAGUGGGAGAACGGUGGUAUCACCUGGGAACCCAAGGGUAAUGUCAGCCUCCAGCUUGUUGAAGCUUUCGAAAAACAGUACGAGGGAUUCGGUCUUGGUGUUGACGCUAUCCUCGCCACGAGGAAGAAGAGUAGAAAAGUACAGUUGCGUCUUGCGUGGCUGCAGCGGCCUGCAUCGGAAGCAUAUUGGGUUGAUAAAAGUAGGAUUUCACGCUCUUUUCUUGCAUUACAUAAGCCCGUUCUCGAGGGAUACUUCUCUCUGUUGAUGAAGUUACAGUAUAGAGAUGCAAGGCGGUGCCCGAGAAUUAUUUUUCACCAGGCCGGGAGAUCAAUCAUUUGAAGCUCGAACUCUAUUAAGAUUCUCCUUGAAUGUACCUG